GACAUGUUGAAAUCCGAUUACAUCGAGAAUUUAAUAUGUCCACGUUAGGAGAAAUGAUACAGUGAGGUAUAGUUUGGUCAAGUAAUGGUUUUCUGAAUAUUGUCAAAAAUAGAAAAAGAGCUAAAUUUGUUACCUGAUAGCAGGCCAUGACGCAUAAAUAACUGAAAGCAUCAGCAACCACGAACGUGAUAGAAGUUACAGAAGCAGAAGGUAAAAUAACGUCCCUCUCUCUGGAAUGCAGCAAUGGUGAUUUCUCACAAUCUUGGAAUUUCAGAUUCGCAACCGAUUCCGCUCUUUUCAUUCAGUUCACCGAUUUUAAUAUAAAGCGAUGUGAGGAGGCCUCACUGGUAACUCAAAGCACUUCGCGGUCAGUUUACUGUGGCGAGCAAAUACCUUCAGUUAUAUAUUUUUCGAAAACAACUAAGAUAAUGCUUAUAUCCAGCACACCAAAUUGUUCCAAUUUGUUUCGUCUGAUUUAUAAAGUGAUUCGGAUUACAUUCACGGAGUUGAUGCCAGCCUUAAAUCAUCGUGUUGGAGACAAAAUAAUGUUUCUUGUUGACGUUAAACAUCUUCCUGAAAACGGCUUGCAGUUAUCUUGUUCAUUCAACUGUAAUCAAACAAAGAUAUUUCUUUCGAACACCACCCAAAUCCUUUCAUGUACGUUCGAAGUCCCUGGAAAAGCUCGCAUUUCGGCUGAAUGUGAAUCAAGUAAACACAAUUUGAAAAUUAAAAUAGCCGGUGAGCUGUAUUUGGAAAGUGAACUAUCACACACAAGCUUGCAAUUGCAAACACGUCAGGAUUCCCAAACUAGUUCUGUUAGUAUUGUAGUAUCCCACGUAUACCUGUAUCCGGUUUUGUAUACAAUAAGCGCUGGAAAUUCUUUUGUUAAAACGUCUGUUUCUUCAAAACCACUUGACGUUGUGAAAUACGCGGGUCAUUUAACAGAAGUAGUGACGUUGCAAUUGCGCGAUGUAGCCCCACUUGGACCAGGACAGCACUACUUCUACCUCGCAUUACAAAACAACGUUUCUUACAUUGCAUACACCUUUCCAUUUUAUAUCAACGAAAUCCUUGGCAUGUUGAACAUUACAUCGAUGCAUGGUCGGUUUGUUGGAAUUCACCCAAACUAUUUUCCAGUUCAGAUAACCCUUACCAAAGGUGCCCCUGCGAACAUAACAUUAAGUAUUCAAGAUAUUCGCAAUACCUCAAACGCAGUCAAAAACGUUUCAAUUACAUGUAUUUCACCGAUAUCUUGUCGGCGAACCAUAGUUAAUCUGAUGCCAUCGAAAUACACAAGGGAAUUUAUAGUUGUAGCCACCGCAGAAAAUGCCAUUUCUUUUUCUGGAGGAGUAUCUGAAGUUAUGGAAACUGUGCCUAAAGUUUAUGACGUAUAUUUUGAUUCGAGACGAGUUUUUCCUGGAACGAGCUCCAUAUUGCUUUUGUAUGUGAAAGGCGACGCGAGCAUCUACAAUCUCAACUUGUUUAUCAAUAAAACCUUAAAAAUCAAUACGAAACUUGUGAUAAAGGCAACGUCGGAUUCUGAUGCGUCAGAUUUUGCUGAUGACGUACCAAUCAACAUUCACCAAUAUACGAAAUUUACUUUUAAAUUAACUUUCGAAGCGCACGGUGUUUUUGAAGUUUUAGCUAUGAUUUAUAGCGAAAAUGAAAGUUACAACUUUACUGGUAAUUUAUUAUUCCAACAAAAACCGUCAUGUCUUACCAAGACCAAAAUUCGGACACUUUCCAAAGACGUUGUUAUUCCCGUUCCGCAGCGCGGUUUAGCGGUAAGUGUUGAUGUGGAUUUCAACUGUUUUGACAGUUCCAGUUUGGAGUUUCAGUGGUCAACGUUCAGAGUAGACCAGGACUUUAAAACACCCAAACCCAAAAAUCAAGUGCAUUUUCUUAAGAGUUCUACAGGCAGUGAAAUUGAAAUUACGACCAACGAGUUUCCACCUGGGUUAUAUGUUGCCAUAGUUGCGGUGACCGCAAGUACAACUGCAAAUCACCAGAUAACAGCCGAGCAAAAAGAUUACGUCCGAAUGGAGGUUCCCACGAGAAAGAUGGAGGUCGUUAUCGCUGGAGGGAGUAUCAGAGAAUUAGGCAAUUCUCCAGUGGUAAACUUUACUGCAAACACCCCGGAGUCAUUGGCCACAGUAACCUUUAGUUGGUUUUGUGCUACAAGUAAAGAAGAAUUACCAACUGAUGCCACAUUGGGAAAACUAAAAAGAAAAGGGUCAUGCUUCGGGUGGGAACCUCUGUUGAUUGGGGUGAACAAAUCAAUCACGGUUAAUAACUUUCAAACCAAUACCCAGUACUUCAUACGUGUCAUUGUGACAGCAAAGGGUUAUGCAGAUUCUUAUGAUGACCAAAAAAUAGUUUUGUCUUCUAACCGGAUUCCAAACUUAUCAGUGAAGUGCAUUACAAACUGCAAGAGGAUUAAAUUAGUCCAUCUUCCAAUUGUUUUGCAAUCACAAUGUAUGUCUUGUGUCCUGCAGUCAUGGUCUUUAAACAAUGUAACAUUAAACCGUUGUCAAAAUAAAACCAGAUGUAGAGUCUUGGAAUCUGAACUGAAUAAACUUGAGGAAAAUAAGAAUCAAUCAAUAAGUGUAAAAGGGUACAACAUCGAAGGAAAUGCUACCACAAUUGUUUUCAAUUUUCAAGUUUAUGUCAAACCCAGCGGAUGUACUUGCAAAGUUUCUCCUUACUCAGGAGUAGCUUACAAGACAUUGUUUUCUGUGCAUUGUACAAAUUAUUUAAGUGGAAAUGACCCUGUCCUGUACAAGUUUUCAGUAUCAACCAAAGGUACUGGACAGUUUCUUAAUCAGUAUGGGUACUUGAGUCAUAUGAAAGACUUAAUUCUACCGCCUGGCGAUGAGCCCAACAAAACAGUCAGCAUUAUUGUUGAUAUUUGCUCUGGAGAGGGAGCAUGUAACCAACAAACACUGAAAGCAAGAGUUUCAACUAACCAUCAAAUUUCAAAAGCAAUCAGCAACAAAGUUAACUUUGCUAUUAAUGCAAAGAACCUGCAGAGACUUGUUCAACUUGUUGUUCCCAUUUCUUCUGAGAAUGCUUUAACUUCAGUGCAGAGAAAUAAAAUAGUUGAAAGUUUAAACACAAUGAGACUGGUGUCAGGUGAAUCUUAUGAACAAGCAAGCGUGCUUCUAAACCAUGUGACAAACAAACCAGAUGAAGUUUCUGAUAACAAUGAGAAAAUAUUGUGGGAGAAAUUGACUGAGCUUAAAACUGUUGUCAAAAAAAUUUCCAAAGAUGACCAAACCAAUUUAACAUCCAUUAUUGAGCCGUGCUUGAAAACUGUUGCAAAUCUUAUGGGAAUGAAACAUUCAAAACAAACAAAGCGAGAGGGAACAAUUCGAAUGAGUGAGUUCAGUAGAGUUCUGAUGGGACCCAUAUUGCCAGGAGAUUCUCCAAUGACAUAUGAAAGUGCAUCCACAAGGACAAAGCUAUUAAGAACAGAUCGCAAUACAAUUGGUAGAGUAAUGGAUAACACUUCAGACUUUUAUUUGCAAUCUUUAUCUCCAAUUGUUGCAGAUGAAUUUAUCAAUCUUGAGGUUUCUCAAUAUAAAACAAAACAAAUUGAUUUUGACACCCAAGAUAGAAAAGUGGACCAUGUUACCUCUGUAUUUAUAACAACGGGUUGGCUGAAGCCUGUUCCAGUGUCUUCAGAAAAAUUGUAUCGUCUUUCUCCAAGGUUCUCAGUUGCACCAAAGCCACAAACAUUAAGUGUUCGUAUGCAAGCCGGCACAUUAUGUAAUUUCACAAUUUGUAACCUUCGUGGGGCAGUAACAAUGAAAAAGCACCUAACUCAAGAAAAUACAGAUGGUGCUUUUAUAAUUAUUGAAGUAAACAUCUCAAACAGAAAUGUUGUAAAUUUACAAUUACAACUGAUUACAAGAGGCAGUAACAAUACCAAUGUCAAUACUAUAGUGUCUUUUCAAGGUAAUCAAUAUACAUGGAAAAUUCCAAAUGGCAAUCUUCCCAAAAACAUCAAAGACUAUGAGAUAAAAAUUGUUGCACAAUUCAAAAAUUGGACAGACAUAUAUAGUGUGGUGGACGCAAAUAUAGUGACUUAUUUAAUUAACUGCUUUCAUUGGGAUGAUGCUGUUAAUAAUUGGAACCACAUUGGAUGUUAUCCCAACACUGAGAACCAGGUAGUAACAUGCCAAUGCGAUCAUUUUCCAAUUACAAGUUUGGACCGGAGUUCUGUGGAUUCCAACAAUGUUCCAACAUUGUUUGCUUCAAGACUGAUUGUUUAUCGAAACAAAGUUGAAUUUGAAUUGCCUUGGAACUUAUGGGAAGAGUUUUUGAAAAAUCCAAUUAUAAUUUCAAUAUUGUUCCUGCUGUAUUCAUCUUACAUUGGGUUAUGGUUUUGGGCCAGAAAAGCAGACAAGGACAGCGAAAAUGAGAGUUCCUUUAUUGAUGUUCGUGACAACUUAGCUACAGACAAUUACUGCUAUUACAUUACAAUGUAUGUUGGUAGCAGUCUUUCAUCCGGUACUCAAUGCACUGUGGCAAUUAUGUUGAUUGGCACAAAUGGGGUUGGAAAGGCUAACAUUAUCCAAAAUUGGAAUGAAGAAAUUUUAAAUUCUGGAAGUGUUUGUUCGUUUUUGAUUACUACCUCAGAAAGUUUGGGCAGUGUUACUGGAAUUAGACUGUGGUGCAGUGACAGACCGAAUAAAACAAAAUGGCAUCUUCAACGAAUUGCUGUUCGUGAUCUGGAAACGAACGAAUGUUGCUUUUUCCUCUGCAGUAGUUGGAUCACAAACGGUUCUGAAGUACUUUUCAAAGUAGCGACAUACCGAGAGUUACAUACGUUUUACAGAUUGUUGCGGUUUAAGAGUGAAAACUUUAUUAGAGAUAGGCAUCUUUGGUUAUCUAUGUUUGCGAUGAGACCAUGGCAGAGAGAAGAAAUGACAAGAGUAGAAAGACUAUCUUCAUGCUACCAACUCGUCUUUCUAAUCUUGUUGACAACACUGAUGUUUUAUGGAAGUAGCGCGUCACAAAAAGAAUUCCAAAUAGAGAUUGGUUCCGGCUCAUAUGAGUUGAAAUGGGCACAAGUUGCUAUUGGUCUUGGGGUCGGUUUGCUUUGCUUUCCUUUAACGAUGGUUGUGACUGCGCUCUUCCGUUUGUGUCAAUCUAGCAAACAUGAAAAUAAACACCACAAGAAUCGCCCCGCCACUCAUCGGCGUUCUUAUAGUAAAUAUUUGAAGCAAAUCAGGUCAUAUACAAGUGUAGAUAGGUUAAAACAAAAAAAAGAUCGAGAAAGACAGAAUCGAAAGAGAGAGAAGCACAAAACAGGCAACAGUAGAACUACUGAACACAGAACAUUGAAUGCAUUAGACCACGUGUCUUUAACCUCAAGACGGACAGACAAAGAACACAACUUAACAUUGUUAACCCCAUCAGCUGGACCGAACAUGUCCGCCAAAGUAAAAUACAGUAAACUGACAUCGAAGUUACCACAACGAAGAUUACAUAACUUAAAUUCGAAUUCAGAUUUGGAAUUCCAUCAUUUUGAAAACCAAGAAUUCCUUCCUCCUAUGCCGUCAACUGCUGGGCAGUAUGGUUACUUAUCCUUCGAAGCCGAUGCGGGUUUAAAUCAUCUUCGGCAUCCAAUCGUUGACAUUGAUCCGUAUUCAGGGAAUUUUCGUCUUCUUCCGCGCUUCUUCAUCGUUGUUCCUUGGAUGAUUAUCGUUACAACAGUGGGUGUAUCAAGUGUGAUAUGCGUGAUGCAUGGAAUGACAUACGGUUUGGAUAUUACUAUUGAAUGGUUGUUUUCGCUUUGCUUUGCUAUUCUAAACAGCUUUAUCCUCAUCGAACCAAUAACAGCGUUGGCGCUCGCAUACUUGAAAGUGGUCAACAAUCCACGUCAUGACCUUAAAGAUUGGUUGACGCCUAUCUCUGAGAAAGUUUUUAACCGCCGACGUCGGAAAACAUUCUCGCGCUUGAAGCUACAUCAAGACUCGCAUCCUAACAGAAACCAGCAACCCAGUCGCCAUGAUCAUUUUAUUAUAAAUUGUGAAUAAACUCGAAAGUUUUGUUAAUGUUCCAGGGUACAACCACCGAUAAAUACAUUACAACUGAGUCAUUUUUAAAGUUUUAUUUUAUUAAAUAAGUUCUGUUUGCUUGAUGUCUUUAUGUUGUCUGGAAUAAUACAAUCUCCUUCGA